AUGAUUUCCUUUUUAUUAUUUGUGAUAUUUACUACUAAUAUUGUGGCUGACGAGAGCGUCAAGUAUGCUGCCGUUAUAUUUAGACAUGGGGACAGGACACCAGUGCAGCCCUACCCGACAGAUCCUUGGCGAAAUGAAUCUUUGUGGCCUGUGAAAUUUGGGGAGCUGACUAAUGUUGGAAAGCGACAACAUUACGCGCUGGGAAAGUGGCUCAGGCAAAGAUAUUCGCAUUUAUUGUCGGAUGCAUUUGAUCCUACCGAGAUUUAUAUUCGGUCGACAGAUAUAGACCGCACUCUUAUGUCGGCUCAAGCCAAUUUAGCAGGAAUGUACCCACCAAAGAGUAAAACUAUGUGGAAUCCAGAUAUAAACUGGCAGCCUAUACCAGUCCACACAGUUCCUGAACUAGAAGAUGAACUCCUUGCUAUGAGGAAGCCGUGUCCUGCUUAUGACACGGAGUUAGAGAGGCUAACGCACUCAAAGCCAUAUAAAGAAAGACUGAGAAAAUACCAGCAUCUGAUGGAUUAUCUGUCGGCGUAUUCUGGUAUGAAGGUGAAAGACUAUUAUGAUAUUGUUGAUAUUUAUAGUACUUUAUACAUAGAGACUCUAUAUAACUUUACAUUACCAAAUUGGACUCAAUCUGUGUACCCUGAUGAAAUGCGCGAACCAGCGUGUUACAGCUUCAAAACUGAAACAGGAUCUCCCCUUCUCUCCCGACUGAAAGUAGGUCCAUUGCUCAAACAUAUAAUGACGCAUAUGUCGGAUGUUUUGUCUGGUGACAAGAAGAGUCAUAAGGUGGUGAUGUACAGUGGACAUGACCUGACUGUGGGCAGUAUACUCAAUGCCUUAGGAUUAUACGAUGGAAACUGCCCGGUGUACACAUCAACUGUAUUCCUUGAACUAGUGAAAGCAAAUAAAACAGGAGAACAUUUUGUGAGGAUCUCGUAUAGGAAUUCAACAGAGAUUGUUGAACCAUAUAUUCUCAAGAUACCAUUCUGUGGUGAAGUCUGCCCGGUGGAAAGGUUCAAGAAGUUAUAUGAUAACCUUAUAUCUGUUAAUUGGGAAGAAGAAUGUAAGAAACAGUUCCCGGCGCUCCUUGGAGCCUCAUUUAUAGUUGGCCUGUGUCUGUUUAUAACAAUAUACGUAGUCCACAAAAUACACUUCGCUCGUGUAUAUAAACAAUACAGGUCAGUAUAUAUUCCCAGGAAAAAUUUGUCUUACCAGAGUAUCCAGAAACCUACCGUGAUGCUAAGCAAUCCACUACAAGCCUAG